ACAUUUGACAUUGAAUUUAAUAUGCGAACUGUCAUUAAUAAUUUUGAUAUUAUGUUUACCUAAAAGACUAUUUAAUUCAUUAUGAAUUUAAUUAAAUAAACAUGGCGAAGACAGCCGAAGCUGAUGUUGAAAAAAUGAAGAUAUUGGAGGAAAGGAUCAAAGCGCCAUCAAUUUGGGGCCGGGUUCCUUGCGGGAUUAGGUUCGAAGAUUUACAGGACAGGAGAUAUGAAGACGCCGUGAAACUGCUGAAGAAACAUUAUCUGCCCGAAGAGGUAACGUACAGGUCAGUUAAAUUAUCCGAAGACAGGGAGGGCACCGAUGAGUUCACACACAAUUUGAGGAUCUGGAUGAAGGAUAAGAUGUCUAUAGCCGCCGUCAAGGAGGGAACGGACCAGCUCGUCGGAUUACUCAUCAUGCGGAUACAAGAGAAAUGUGCAUUUUCGCGUACGUUCAGCCGCAUAAAGAUAACUCACAACGAGCUCUACACAUCAGUAAUGAAAUUUUACAACGAAGUAGAGAAGCCGGUGUGUAUUUACGAAGCGCUCGGCGUCCGGAGAUACUUCAAGAUUUAUAUAGUCGCUUUGAAGAAUCGUUACAGGCACAGAGGUAUAGCAAAAGAACUGAUAAAAGCCGCGAUAGCAUUGAGCGCGAGUGCCAAUGUACCUGCUGUAUCGGGAAUAUUCACAACGGAAAGGCUGCAACAGAUAGCUGAUGAAUUAGGCUUCAAGAAACUAAAUGAAAUUUAUUAUGUUAGAUAUUUGGUUGAUAAUCAGAUGGUUUUCUGCGAUACCGGCGAAGGAAACUAUGGUGCUGCCCUAAUGGUAUACAGGAUACCGGACGUCGAAGAACCUCAAGAGUUACACACUCAGCAUUCAUCCCGAUUUAAUAUCCAACCUAUUGGCGAUGAUGAUGACGAGCAAGAUGAUUAAAAACCGUUUCAGGGUGAUGAUGUUUCGAUAAAAUGUUUUAAAGAAGUAUUUGAUAAUAAAGAAGAUGGGUUCAUGAUAAUUUUUUGUUAAUCUAUUGUUGGCAUUUAUUGGUAGAAUGCACGUUUGAGAUGGUAUGGAUAUAGUGUGAUGAGACGAAAUGACGAUGAAGAUGGUAAGAGAGUUUUAACUAUGAAUCUGGAAGGCUUUAGAGGAAGAGGUAGACCUAAGAAGAAAUGGAUGGAUUGCGUGAAAGACGAUAUGUGUAAGAAGGGAGUGAGCGAAGAAAUGGUAUAUGAUAGAGGAGUAUGGAGGGAGAAAACAUGUUGCGUCGACCGCAGGUGACUGGGAGAAGGGCAGGAGAAUGGUGAUGAUUGAUUGGAAGAAUCACUUCAUACUUGUCUAAGGUCAUAUAAGAUACUGGCAACCAGAUAUAUAUUUGAAAGCUAUUACGGAGACGCGUAUAAACGUAAAAGUAGACAGAAAUGUUCUGAAUUAAAACCACUUUGUGAUAGAAUCUCGCGUUGUUUAUUAACACGACUUCGUAUAAAUGUAUCCUUGUUGUCUGGUUCUUACCUUAUCUUACUGUGUGGAAUUGACGCAGCAUGUCAUAUUUUUCAAUUCGGACCAUCUCAGCACUCACAUAUCCAUGCGCUCGCAUACUGGUGGUAGGACCCCUUGAGUCCGCACGGGUAGGUACCACCGUCCUGCCUAUUUCUGCCGUGAAGCAGUAAUGUGUUUCGGUUUGAAGGGUGGGGCAGCCGUUGUAACUAUACUGAGACCUUAGAACUGAUAUCUCAAGGUGGGUGGCGCAUUUACGUCGUAGAUGUCUAUGGGCUCCAGUAACCACUCAAAAACCAGGUGGGCUGUGAGCUCUUCCACCCAUCUAAGCAAUAAAAAUACCCUGUUUCGCACAGUUCAUCCAGGCCUUUUUGGGACGACCCAUCUCCUCAUAUUACCAUCUACUUUCAUAUCCAAGGUAUUUUUGGUCACAUGGUGUAUAUAUAUGUAAAUCUUUGAACGUAAUUUUUGCUGAUUUCGUGACGUCUGAUUAGGUAGAAAAUUUACACACGCAUCAAGGACCUAGUGGCGGAGGUGUGGCGAAAAUUUUAUAUUUUAAUUCUUUUAUGAAAUUGUUUGUUCUUAAUAUUGUAUUUGUGAUGGAAGUAAUAUUUAAUGACGUCACUGCAUACUAUAAAACGCCCGUGUUGUUUGUUUUACAAUAUACAUUCAUUGUUUGCGUUGUUGUGUUGA